CGCGCCGCAGCCGCUGCCCGUGCGGACCGAGCCCUUCGCCAGCUUCGGGCGGGCGCUGCUCAUCACCGUGCCCCGCGCCGAGCAGCGCCUCUCGCUGCGCAUCGACUACGAGGCGGGCGAAGGGCCCGGGGUGUGCUGGCUGGCGCCCGAGCAGACGGCAGGGAAGCAGAAGCCCUUCAUGUACACCCAAGGCCAGGCUGUCCUCAACAGGUCCUUCUUCCCCUGCUUUGACACCCCGUCCGUCAAAUGCACCUACUCGGCCACCGUGAAGGUCCCUGAGGGUUUUGUGGCUGUGAUGAGUGCCACAAGCUGGGAGAAGAAGGAAGACAACACCUUCGUCUUCAAGAUGUCCCAGCCAAUCCCCUCCUACCUGAUUGCUCUGGCCGUUGGGGACAUUGUGGCUGCUGACGUGGGCCCAAGGAGCCGUGUCUGGGCCGAGCCCUGCCUGAUCGAGGCUGCGAAGAAGGAGUAUGAUGGGGUGAUCGAGGAGUUCCUGGCGGUUGGAGAGAAGCUCUUUGGACCUUAUGUUUGGGGCAGGUACGAUAUCCUGUUCAUGCCGCCCUCCUUCCCCUUUGGUGGGAUGGAGAACCCCUGCCUCACCUUCGUGACGCCGUGCCUGCUGGCUGGGGACCGCUCCCUGGCCGAUGUCAUCAUCCACGAGAUCUCCCACAGCUGGUUUGGCAACCUGGUCACCAACGCCUCCUGGGGCGAGUUUUGGCUCAACGAGGGCUUCACAAUGUACGCCCAGAGGCGCAUUUCCACCGAGGUCUAUGGUCUGGCGUACACGUGCCUGGAGGUGGCGACGGGAAGGGCCCUCCUGCGCCAGCACAUGGACAACACCGGGGAGGAGCAUCCGCUCAACAAGCUGCGCGUGGUCAUUGAGCCAGGUAUCAAUCCCGAGGACACAUACAACGAAACGCCCUACGAGAAGGGGUUCUGCUUCGUGAGCUACCUGGCACAUCUGGUGGGGGACCAGAGCAAGUUUGAUGCCUUCCUCCAGGCCUACGUGAACCGGUUCAAGUUCCAGAGCAUCACAGCAGACGAUGCCCUCGGUUUCUUCCUUGAGUACUUCCCGGAGCUGAAGGAGAAAGGCGUGGACUCCAUCCCAGGCUUCGAGUUCAGCCGCUGGUUGGACACGCCGGGCUGGCCUCCCUUCCUGCCUGACCUCUCACCCGGGGAUGUGCUGAUGAAGCCAGCAGAGGAGCUGGCGUUGCUCUGGGCAGCCGAUGGCUUGGACAUGGAGGCGAUUGAAGCCGUGGACAUCACGGCCUGGAGGACGUACCAGCUGGUCUACUUCCUGGACCAGGUCCUGCAGAAGUCCCCCCUGCCACAAGGCAAUGUGGAAAGGCUGAGCAAGAUGUACCCAAAGAUCUCCAGGUCCCAGAACGCCGAGCUGCGACUCCGCUGGUGCCAGAUAAUCCUCAGGAACGACCUUGAGGCCGAGUACAGCAAGGUCAAGGACUUCCUCCAGAGCCAGGGGAAGCAGAAGUACACCCUGCCCCUCUACCGCGCCAUGUGGGCCGGGUCGGAGGCAGCCCGGGCCCUGGCCAUGGAGACCUUCUCUGCUACAGCUCCCCAGCUCCAUGUCAACGUCCAGAACUACGUCAAGAAGAUCCUGGGCUUGGAGUGAGCCUCAGCGGGACUCCUGCUCCUCCUGCCCAGGAGCCAGGCUCUCACCCCACAUGGGGACCCUGCCAGCUCUGGUCAGGGGUGGGCAGGUUGCUCCAGGAGGCUGGUGGCUUCUCCUGGUGCUGGUAUAGGAGGGAUGGGUCUGGCGCUGGCAUCUUCAGGGCUGGAGCAGCUGGAGGCUGGUCCUUGCCGGGCUCCUGCCAAGCCAUCACCGAUCCCAUGUGUAAAGUAAAAGAGUAAAGCUCCUCUCCUUUCUGUGGCACGGGAAGCAUCCAGCACCCAGGGAGCUGGGGAGCUGCUGCUGAGCUGGCUGGGAAGGGCUCUGCCUCCAUUCACCUUCCUGCAAAGGCAACAACUAAUGAAGACACUUCAGCGUGAAAUCAGUGACGAGAUGUAGCACAGUUAUUUUUAACAAAGUGACCUUCAUCAAGCUCAGA